GACUCCACAGGCUGCCCUCUGUGCCACACCCUCAUGCAGCAUGUGACCUCCCCCCCCACCCCCCAGUGCCUUACCCCAGACAGGGGAGGGAGGAGGCACUCCCAUUGGCUGCUGGGUAGAAGAGCAGGGGGGGGUGGGGGAGGGGGAGGGAUGUCCUUAGGCACAUGGAGAGGGGGAGGGGAGCAGCUCAGCCUCAGUCCCUCUGGCUUGCCAGCAACUGCAGGGUUUUCCAUCAUGUUUGGCAAGAAAAAGAAAAGGCUUGAAAUCUCCGGACCAUCUAACUUUGAGCACAGGGUUCACACCGGGUUUGAUCCCCGAGAGCAGAAGUUCACAGGCCUUCCGCAGCAGUGGCACAGCUUGUUGGCAGACACGGCCAAUCGCCCGAAGCCCAUGGUGGACCCUUCAUGCAUCACACCCAUCCAGCUUGCGCCCAUGAAGACAAUUGUUAGAGGAAACAAACCCUGCAAGGAAACUUCAAUCAAUGGUUUGCUAGAAGAAUUUGACAAUAUCUCUGUGACUCGUUCCAAUUCUCUAAGGAAAGAAAGUCCUCCCACUCCCCACCAGGGUACUGCCAACCAUGUCCAGGGACAUUCAGAAGAAAAUGGUUUUGUCACAUUCUCUCAGUACUCCAGUGAAUCUGAUACUACCACUGACUACAUAUCAGAAAAGUACAGAGAAAAGGGUCUCUAUGGAGAUGAGUUGGAUCGAUAUUAUAAAGGCAGCCACCUAACCAAGCAAAAUGGGCAUGCAAUGAAAAUGAAAUCUGGUGAUGCCUACUAUUCUGACAUGCAGUCUUUGAGAUCAGAUAUGUCCAGGUUUCCUGUAGAUUAUCCCAGCCAAACGGAUAUGCUAAGUAAACCAAGUGAAUAUGGUGGCUUCAAAUGGGACUAUGAAAGAAUUUCAACUGCAUCUCCUCUAGAUUACCGAGAUCCCUUUCAAUUAGCUCCCUCUAGGACUGCAGGGACAAGCGAGUGCUCCAAAGAAAGCCUGGUGUACACUGAAAGUGAAUGGCGGCCCAGCAUAGAAGAUUAUGAUAAAAGACCGAAGUCUUCGUAUACAAAUGAGACGAGCCCUCAGCCAGCCAUGAGGCAGAGGUCAAGAUCGGGUUCUGGGCUUCAGGAACCCGCCAUGCCCUAUGGAGCAAGUGCAUUUAAGUCACACUCACAAGGACACUCAUACAGCUCUUACACCUACCCUCGCCUCUCCGAAACCACCACGUGCAUUCCAAAGGACUCUCCAUCUUCAAUCCAUGCCUUUGUGCAAGCUGUCCUUCAUGGCUGGAAUACAUUCCUUCCUUACUCCAUCUCUAAAGAUAUUAUAUUCUUCAAAACUCAGUUCAAAAUGAAUGAAGAACAAAUAGCUACAGUCUGUUUAUCAGUCCUGAAGGCCCUUUCUUACCUUCACAAUCAAGGGGUUAUUCACCGAGACAUAAAGAGUGACUCCAUUCUUCUGACAAGUGAUGGUCGGAUAAAGUUAUCUGAUUUUGGUUUCUGUGCCCAAGUUUCCAAAGAAGUCCCAAAAAGGAAAUCACUGGUAGGCACUCCCUACUGGAUGGCACCAGAAGUGAUAUCUAGACUACCUUAUGGAACAGAGGUGGAUAUCUGGUCCCUUGGCAUUAUGGUCAUAGAAAUGAUAGAUGGAGAGCCUCCUUACUUCAACGAACCUCCUCUCCAAGCAAUGCGAAGGAUCCGUGAUAACUUACCUCCAAGAGUGAAGGACUUACACAAGGUUUCCUCAGUGCUUCGGGGGUUCCUAGACUUGAUGUUGGUGAGGGAACCCUCCCAGAGGGGAACAGCACAAGAACUCAUCAGACAUCCAUUCUUGAAACUUGCAGGUCCACCUUCUUGCAUCGUGCCCCUCAUGAGACAAUAUAGGCAUCGCUGA